UCCCUUUGGUUAGCGGUCUGAAGCGUGAGCGUCAGAACUCGAUCUGUGACCGACCCGCAGGAAGCGAUCCACGAUGGGACCGACAGGUGAGGUGGUGCUUGACAGCCCGGUGCAGGUCUGCUCUGAGAACCGGCUGCGAUGGGACCUGAACCCGGAGCAGAUCCAGCAGCUCUCAGACGAGCUGGUCUCCAGCACCAAGCUGGUGUACGACCGUGUGGGGGGGCUGGACCUCGAUGGCGUGACCUUCCAGAACACGCUGAAGGCCCUCGCCGACGUGGAGGUGGAGUACACCGUCCAGAGGAACAUGUUGGAUUUCCCGCAGCACGUGGCGUCCUGUAAGGAGGUCCGAGCGGCGAGCACCGAGGCCGACAAGCGUCUGUCGGAGUUCGACGUGGAGAUGAGCAUGAGGGAGGACGUGUACCUGAGGAUCGUCGCCCUGGAGAAGAAGCUGGAUGCUGGGAGCAUCACCCCCGAGUCCAAGCGUUACAUGGAGCGACUGAUCAAACUGGGGCGGAGGAACGGCCUCCACCUGCCCAAGGAGACGCAGGACGAGAUCAAAACCAUCAAGAAGAAGCUGAGCAACCUGUGUAUAGAUUUCAACAAGAACCUGAACGAGGACACCACCAGUCUGUCCUUCAGCAGAGACGAGCUGGGCGGCCUGCCCGAGGACUUCCUCAGCUCGCUGGAGAGCGAUGGAGACAAGCUGAAGGUCACUCUGAAGUAUCCUCAUUACUUCCCCACCAUGAAGAAGUGCUUCAUCCCAGAGAGCCGCAGGAAGCUGGAGGAGGCCUUCAACUCCCGCUGCAAAGAGGAGAACUCUGCGAUCCUGAAGGAGCUGGUGGAGCUUCGGGCUCAGAAGUGUUCUCUGCUCGGCUUCAGCACACACGCCGACUUCGUCCUGGAGAUGAACAUGGCCAAGUCUGGAAAGAAGGUGGCCGGCUUCCUGGAGGAACUGGCCGUUAAACUGAAGCCUCUGGGCGUUGAAGAGCGGGAGGUCAUCCUCAAACUGAAGGAGAAGGAGUGUCAGAAACGGAGCCUGCCUUUUGACGGAGAGCUACACGCCUGGGACACACGCUACUUCAUGACCCAGGUGGAGGAGCAGCAGUACGCUGUGGAUCAGAACCUGCUGAAGGAGUACUUUCCCAUGGAGGUGGUGACUCGAGGUCUGCUGGACAUCUACCAGGAGCUGCUGGGUCUGUCCUUCGAGCUGGUGGACGGCGCCGCCGUCUGGCAUCCUGACGUCACUCUGUACAGCGUGAAGGACCGAGGCAGUGGACGGACGGUGGGACAGUUCUACCUGGACCUCUUCCCCAGGGAGGGGAAGUACGGCCACGCCGCCUGCUUCGGCCUCCAGCCCGGCUGCCUGCUGCCCGACGCCAGGCGCCAGAUGUCGGUGGCGGCCAUGGUGGCUAACUUCAGCAAGCCGACCUCCGAUGCUCCGGCCCUGCUGCAGCACGACGAGGUGGAGACCUACUUCCACGAGUUCGGACACGUCAUGCACCAGCUGUGCGCUGAGGCGGACUACGCCAUCUUCAGCGGGACUCAUGUGGAGCGAGACUUUGUGGAGGCUCCGUCCCAGAUGUUGGAGAACUGGGUUUGGGAGAAGGAGCCUCUGCAGAGGAUGAGCAAACACUACAAGACCAGCAGUGGGAUCCCAGAGGAGCUGCUGGAGAAGCUCAUCAAGUCCCGGCUCGCCAACACCGGUCUGUUCAACCUGCGGCAGAUCGUCUUGGCCAAAGUGGAUCAGUGUCUUCACACCCGGAUGGGCCUGGACGCCGCGGAGGAGUACGCACGCCUCUGCCAGGAGCUGCUGGGGAUUCCUGCGUCUCCAGGAACCAACAUGCCGGCGACCUUCGGACACUUGGCGGGCGGCUACGACGCUCAGUACUACGGUUACCUGUGGAGCGAGGUGUUCUCCAUGGACAUGUUCCACGCUCGCUUCAGACAGGAAGGAAUCAUGAACCCAAAGGUGGGGAUGGACUACAGGAAGUUCAUCCUGCGGCCCGGCGGCUCCGAGGACGCCUCCGAGAUGCUGAGGAAGUUCCUCGGGCGAGAACCUAAACAAGAAGCGUUCCUGCUGAGCAAAGGACUAACGCUAGAGCAGAACGCCGGCACGCCGUGUCCAUGCUGACCAGUCACAGCAGCUGGCUCCGCCCCCACUGAGAACAACGGACUGAGGUUUUCUAGAAAAAAAAGUAAAAUGUGUUCAAAGAUGGAAAAAACGAGUUGAAUAAAAUGAUUUGAAGUGA